AUGGAUAUCGAGGCAUUGAAAGAGCAGUGGUCUGAAGUGGAAGAUAGAGAUGGACUUCGUCUGAGUUGGAAUGUUUUCCCCAGCUCCCGUAUGGAGGCAUCUCGACUGGUUGUACCUAUCGGAGCACUCUACACGCCUCUGAAAGAGAAGCCUGAUACACCAAUACUGCAUCAAGUAGACGUCCGGGCACGUCUCUGGAUUUGUCCCUUCUGCCUCUCCCGAAAUCCUCUCCCACCUCACUAUAAAGAUAUUACGGCAAAUGCAAUCCCCCCCGAGCUGCACCCAUCCAAUACGACAAUUGAGUACAGGAUGUCGCGUCCUGCUCCAAGUCCUCCAAUUUUCCUAUACGUUGUUGAUACUUGUCAAGAAGAAGACAGCUUGUCUGCCCUGAAGGAAUCCCUAGUUAUGAGCUUGAGCCUUUUGCCGGAGAAUGCACUGGUCGGUCUGGUGACAUUCGGAACAAUGGCACAAGUUCACGAAAUUGGUUACACAGAAUGUCCCAAGUCAUAUGUGUUCCGAGGAAGCAAAGAAUAUACCGCCAAGCAGGUUCAAGAGAUGCUCGGGCUUUUAUCCCCUGGACUGAGACCCGGCAUGCAACAGCAGCAACCUGGCCGACCUAUGCCGCCAAUGGGGCCUGCUGCUCGAUUUCUUCUCCCAGUCUCCCAGUGUGAAUUCCAACUCACCAAAGCUCUAGAACAACUGCAAAAAGACCCUUGGCCCGUCGCAGCUGAUAGGAGGAAUUUGCGGUGUACAGGUGUCGCGCUGAGCGUAGCUGUAGGCUUGCUGGAGUCGUCUUUCCAAAAUGCGGGAGGACGUAUUAUGCUUUUUGCGGGAGGCCCUGCUACCGAAGGCCCUGGUUUGGUGGUUGGACCAGAGCUGAGGGAACCCAUACGCUCGCACCACGAUAUUGAUCGCGACAAUAUCAAAUACUACAAGAAAGCUCUCAAGUUUUAUGACAAUCUCGCUAAGAGGACUGCUCACAACGGGCACAUUAUUGACAUAUUUGCUGGAUGUCUGGAUCAAGUUGGUUUACUUGAGAUGAAAGGACUCUCUAACUCCACUGGGGGUCAUAUGGUUCUUACAGAUAGUUUCACGUCCUCUAUGUUCAAGCAGUCAUUUGUUCGUGUCUUUGAAAAAGAUGGCGAUGACAAUCUCCUCAUGGGGUUCAAUGCGUCUCUCGAGGUACUCACUACGAAAGAACUGAAAGUCACUGGCUUGAUUGGCCAUGCCGUGUCAAUGAACAAGAAGUCAACAUCGGUAGGAGAGACCGAAUGUGGAAUUGGAAAUACGUGCUCCUGGAAGAUGUGUGGAAUCGACCCAAACGCAAGUUAUGGAAUUUACUUCGAAAUUGCAAGCCAAGGUGGCCCUGCUCAACACCAGCAGACCCCGCAAAAGGGAAUGAUGCAGUUCCUAACCUACUAUCAGCAUUCCUCUGGGCAGUUCCAUCUCCGCGUCACCACGGUCUCUCGAAAUCUAAGCGGACCCGCAGGGGAUCCAGCAAUCGCACAGUCUUUCGACCAAGAAGCAGCUGCGGUCCUGAUGUCUCGAAUUGCUGUUUUCAAAGCUGAGGUUGACGACGGGCCAGAUGUGUUGCGCUGGGUAGAUCGUAUGCUGAUACGAUUAUGUUCACGUUUUGCGGAUUACCGGAAAGACGACCCAUCCUCCUUCCGGCUAGAAAAAAACUUCACUCUUUAUCCCCAAUUCAUGUUUCACUUGCGGAGAAGUCAAUUCCUUCAGGUUUUCAACAACUCGCCGGAUGAAACAGCGUUUUAUAGACAUGUUCUUAACCACGAAGACGUCAGCAACUCCCUUAUUAUGAUCCAGCCAACCCUUGACUCAUACACCUUUGAUCAAGAUGGCAGCCAACCUGUGUUGCUGGACUCCACCUCCAUUCAACCGACGCAUAUUUUACUACUAGACACGUUCUUCCAUAUUUUAAUUUUCCAUGGUGAGACUGUAGCGGAGUGGAGAAAAGCGGGUUACCAAGAACAGGAGGGUUAUGAGAAUUUUGCGGGACUUCUGGAGCUACCGAAGGAGGAUGCCAGAGACUUAAUUACCGAUCGAUUCCCGCUCCCUCGUUUUAUCGUAUGCGACGCUGGCGGAUCGCAGGCCAGAUUUCUAUUGUCUAAGCUGAAUCCUUCCACUACGCACACAACAGGAUACGGCGGUGUCGGUGCUCAAACUGCACAGACAAUAUUUACUGACGAUGUCUCUUUGCAAACUUUCAUGGACCAUUUGAUGAACAGUAUACCAAGUGCCUUUCUCGUGAAGCACUUUAAAGUUGGCCUUGGUAAAGCAUUAUGGGUGACUAUAAAGUUACAUAUCAUCUCAAAAUGCUUUUUACCUGCUGCUGAUCUGAAGUCACUGUUUCCCGUCGGGCCCGUAAAAGUGUUAGGUUCAAGCCUUGUGGCCUUAAAUGAUUACAUAAUUGGUCGUGUAGCUAAGCGAGCUUCUACCCACACAGAAACUUUGCAUGCCAAAAAGUUCGCGACAACUUUCUUGAAUAAACCACGAAGUUCACCGUUCGGACUACAUCAUGCCCACCUUAGAGCUACCGGAGGCGAGGUUGGAGCCUCCUCCGCGUUGGCACCUAAAAUCGGUCCUCUCGGUCUGUCGCCCAAAAAGGUUGGAGAAGAUAUUGCGAAGGCGACUGGUGACUGGAAAGGUCUCCGAGUUACUGUGAAGCUCACCAUUCAAAAUCGACAAGCUGCUGUAUCCGUCGUACCAUCCGCAUCCUCUCUGGUGAUCAAAGCCCUCAAGGAGCCACCACGCGACCGAAAGAAGGAAAAGAACAUCAAGCACUCCAAGUCUAUUCCGCUAGAUGAGAUUAUUGAGAUCGCACGAACGAUGAGAUUCAAGUCCUUGUCGAAGGAGCUUAAGGGUACGGUCAAGGAGAUUCUCGGCACUGCGUACAGCGUCGGCUGCCAGGUUGACGGAAGAAGUCCAAAAGACAUUAGUGACGAUAUUGAGAGUGGAGAGAUUGAGAUUCCUGAUGAGUAA